CGGGCGACUAUUCAACAACUACAACAACACUUGUUGGGAAUGCUGUCAUGUCACAUUCAACCUGACUAUUUUUUUGGAGGUUUUUAGCACGCAAUGAGAUUUAUUUGAAAGCAAGAGAGCCAUGUUCUCAAGGAAAAAGCAGAUACAUUUGGCCCCAAAAGCACCACCACAAGUAAUAGUAGCUUUGGAAGAUCAUGACCCUUAUAAAAAGGGAAACGUGUAUGAUGGGCAUCCAUCUUUUACCACACCAAGUGUUGAUACACAGCUUGUGUUCAGGAGAGGAGACCAGUUUGAAGUGAUUAGUGAGCAAAUUGAUUGGUGGCUUUUCUGUAAAUCUUCAGACUCUGAAAAACAAGGUUAUGUUCCUUCCAUUUUGUUUGCACCAUUUUGCAUUGAGACCACAGAUGACAGACAAUUUGAAAGCAAUGAGGACAUUAAUCAUGAAAAUGUUCGGUUGUAUCCUUGUGAUGAGAGUGCUUAUAUUGAUCUCAAGUACUUUCCAAAUGCCCCAGAUCUUCUUGGAAAAAGGAAACAAGAGAAACCAUGUCCCAUAGAUAGUGCAAAUUUCUUGUCAAGAUUGACAUUUUGGUGGAUGACAGGGUUAAUCUGGACAGGUUACAAGAGGUCAUUAACAAGUGAAGAUGUUUGGGAUCUGAGCAAACAUAAUAAGGCACACAACUUGGUUUCAAAUUUUCAAGAGAAAUGGGAUGAAGAAGUUAGAAAGCUUCCAAGGGACGAGCACAUAUAUGAAAACUUCAACGAUUCACGGGAUUCUGGCAUUGAUAAUAAGCCAGAAGAGUCACAGAACAUUGGUCCAAAUAGCGAGGUUGGUUUUACAGACAUUAAGCUGAAUGAAAUGCACAAUGGCGAGAAAAAGGAGGAAAAUGGUGCUGAAGUAACUUCAUCUCUUGGCAAAAAGGAGCCGUUUGUUGAAAUUAAAGACGCUAAGGGAAAGAAAGUACAGAAAGAGAAAAAGCCUUCCAUGUGGUUGGUCCUAGCCAAAUGUUUUGGUUGGACGUUUUUCCUUGGCGCCAUAUUGAAGUUCUUUCACGAUGUACUUUUAUUCGUCAACCCAUAUUUAUUACGGUUGAUCAUACAGUACGUAGAGGGAAGAGGGCCUCAAGACGAGUGGCGUGGAUAUAUACUUGCACUUGGCCUAUUCUUGGUUGCUACUCUCCAGUCCAUGUUUUUGCAACAGUACUUCGAUAAAGCUGUGAUUACAGGGCUCAGAGUACGAUCGGCAUUCCUUGGAAUUGUAUAUCGAAAGAUGUUGCGUUUAAGCAAUAAAGGAAGAAGUGAUUUCACCACUGGAGAAAUGGUAAACCUAAUGUCAGUUGACGCUUCAAAGUUCCAAGAUAUUACAACGUAUCUGAACAUGGUUUGGUCUGCACCGUUCCAAAUAAUAACAACGCUGAUUUUUUUGUAUAAUUUGAUGGGUUGGUCGAUUUUUGCUGGUGUUGCAAUCAUGGCAUUGCUAUUACCACUAAACUAUUUUGUGUCAAAGAAAAUCAAAGCUACACAGACCAUGCUGAUGAAGCAAAAGGAUCAGCGAAUUAAGAUCAUGAACGAUGUCUUGAGUGGUAUCAAGGUUGUCAAAUUAUAUGCUUGGGAAGAGUCAUUUGAAGCAAAAAUUGCGAAGCUGAGGUCAUCUGAAAUGAAGUUACUUCGAACUUUUCGCCUGUGGAAAGCUACAACCUCUUUUGCAUUCACUUGCACACCUUUUUUGGUGUCUUUGGGUACGUUCGCGCUAUACGUCCUCACUGGUAACGAACUUAAUGCAGAAAAGGCAUUCGUUGCCAUUUCUCUCUUUAGCAUACUGCAGUUUCCAAUGACGGUCCUUCCAGAUAUAAUUUCCCGCAUUAUUCAGUGCCAAGUCUCAGUAGGCAGACUGACGAAUUAUCUCCAAGCUGGUGAUCUGGAUGUGAGCAGCGUUAAAAACACAGAUGAUAAUAAAGAUCCUAUUGCCGUGAAAGUUGAACAUGGUAGUUUCAGCUGGGGUGACGGAGGAUUCAUGCUGAAAAACAUAAACCUUGAAGUUGAGCGAGGGAGUUUGGUGGCAAUCGUUGGCCAAGUUGGGUGUGGAAAGUCUUCACUUUUGUCGUCCUUUCUUGGAGAAAUGGAGAAGAAACAUGGAACCGUUACUGUCAAUGGUAAGAUCGCAUACGUGCCACAGCAAGCAUGGAUCCAGAAUGCAACCUUGGAGAGCAACGUUCUCUUUGGCAAGUUAUUUAACCCGAAAAAAUACGAUGAGGUCAUAGAAGCGUGUGCUUUGAAAAGUGAUUUGGAGGUUCUUCCAGGUGGCGAUAUGACUGAAAUUGGAGAAAAGGGGAUCAACUUAAGUGGUGGACAGAAGCAGCGCGUCAGUAUCGCAAGAGCACUGUAUAACGGAGCGGAUGUCUAUCUGUUUGACGAUCCACUAAGCGCCGUGGAUUCACACGUAGCCAAACAUAUUUUUGAUAACGUCAUCGGGCCUUACGGGAUGCUCAGAAAAAAGGUGCGGAUUCUUGUCACCCACAGUAUCAGCUUUUUGCCACAAGUAGACAAAAUUGUUGUCAUGAAAAAUGGAUCGAUAUCUGAGAUCGGCACCUAUGAUGAAAUAGUUUCAAGCAGCGGUACCUAUGCUGAAUUUCUAAGGUCUUUUGCACUUGAUGAUGACGUCAUAGACGAAGAUCUCGAGGCUACAACAGUACAAGGGAAAGGGAGAAAACGAGUUGCAAGUAUUUCAAGUCAAGGAUCACACCAGUUUACUCAAAUGGAAAAAAUGCUGCACAUGAAAGAUCAUUUUGAAAAGCAACAAAAGGAGAAAGAAAAGGGAAAUAAGAUGAUUCAAGACGAAGCCACGCAAACUGGAAGGGUUCGCACCUCAGUUUUUGUAACAUACGCCAAAUCAGUAGGCCUGCUUGCCACUAUUCUCGUCCUGCUGUUUGCGCUUGGCUCGAAAUUCUUUCUCGUUGGUGCUAGGAUUUGGCUUGCAGGUUGGAGCUCGGACAGCAAAACCACGGACAAAGAACGAGACAGAUAUCUACUUGUGUAUGGCUUGCUAGGCUUGGGGCAUUGUGUGUGCCAGUAUUUGGGUGGGAUUACACUGACAAUCGGAUCUUGUGUUGCCGCUAAGAAACUACACAAUAGUCUUCUAAAGAACGUCUUGCGAUGCCCGAUGCGGUUUUUUGAGACAACGCCCAUGGGAAGGCUGACCAAUCGCUUCUCUAAAGAUAUCAACGUCAUUGAUGAGGAUAUCCCUUCGACCAUCGAUUCAUUUAUCGGCUGUCUUUUCACGAUUGUCAGCGUCAUCUUCACAAUUUCAUACUCAACGCCUCUCUUCGUCAUUGCAUUGGUGCCCCUGACAGUAAUAUAUAUCGCAACACAGAGGUUUUAUGUGGCAUCAUCGCGACAGUUGAAAAGAAUAGAAUCAGUUAAACGAUCUCCAAUCUACAAUCACUUCUUUGAAAGUAUCAAUGGUGUUAGCACGAUUCGAGCUCAGCAACAACAACAGCGAUUCAUCGAAGAAAGUGAAUUCAGAAUCGACGAUAACCAAGCGGCAUAUGCACCUAGCAUGUACUCAAACCGGUGGCUGGCAGUGAGGUUGGAGUUUGUUGGCAACACUUUGAUCCUGUUCUCUGCACUUUUUGCUGUCAUUGCCAAAGAAAACAUUACAGCUGGAAUUGCAGGCUUGUCCAUUUCGUAUUCCAUGCAGAUAACACAAACAUUGAACUGGUUUGUGCGCAUGAGCAGUAAGCUUGAAACGGAUAUUGUUGCUGUGGAGCGUGUGAAGGAAUACACUGAAAUUCCAACGGAGGCGGCAAGAAUCAAGCCUGAUAAUCGGCCACAAACCGCAUGGCCAGAAAAUGGUGCUAUCCAUGUGACAGAUUACUGCGUACGAUACAGAGAUGGUUUGGAUUAUGCAUUGAACCAUAUCAAAUUUGAUGUCAACCCGUCAGAAAAGGUUGGGCUGGUCGGUCGGACUGGAGCUGGGAAAUCGACUGUUGCCAUGGCACUAUUUAGAAUAAUCGAAGCUGCUGAAGGCCAUAUCAAGAUUGAUGACGUCAACAUAGCUGAUAUCGGUCUGCAUGACCUCCGGUCUCGGCUGACUAUCAUACCCCAGGAUCCAGUGCUAUUUUCUGGCUCUUUGCGAUUCAAUCUAGACCCAUUCGAUGAACAUGAAGAUGACGCUGUUUGGAAUGCUCUUGAGAUAUCGCAUCUUAAAGAAUUUGUGGCUAGCUUGAGCGGACAGCUUCAGGAAAAUGUUUCAGAAGGUGGAAGCAAUUUCAGCAUUGGUCAACGACAGCUGAUGUGUCUUGCACGUGCUUUGCUUCGCAAAACUAAAGUCCUCGUUCUGGAUGAAGCCACGGCUGCUGUUGACAUGGAAACAGACGAAUUCAUUCAGCAAACAAUCAGGGAAGAAUUCAAGAACUGUACGGUGUUUACCAUUGCGCAUCGUUUAAAUACAGUGAUGGAUUAUGAUAGAAUCAUGGUUCUAGACCGAGGGACAGUUGUUGAAUUUGAUUCACCCCAAAAGCUGUUACAAAAUCGAGGAAUAUUUUACGAAAUGGCGAAGGAUGCGAAUUUGCUAUGAUACUUGUGUUUUUUAGUUUUUAAAAAAUCAAAUUGUUAGUCAUUUAAAGGAUUUCGAAAAGUUGAUGUCUUCUUGUUAAAUCAUCACGACAGUUAACAGUUGAAUCCUUCAAUUGUGCUAUUUAGCAGUUUUAAACUGUUUAUGAGUAUCAUAUAAAUUAUGCGUCCUGGAACGUUUAAGUCUAGCACCUACUGCAGAAUUCCACCGGCGAUAUCUCAAAUUUAUUCGUUGUGCUAGAAAGUCGUGCUUUUUUGAGGCAAGGGAUCGCCAAAGAUUUUAUCUUGAAUGAAAGAUUGUCAGAUCAAGCCUUUUCUGGUAUUUUUACGUCGUUGAUGACCAAAGACAAGAAUUUAAUGCUGAGUUUAUUUCAAGUUUUUAACCCGCAAAAUAUAACUUUUCAGUCGAAACAAUUCUCAGUGCAGAAAACUAGACCAGGAGUAGGAACGCAGGCUGCGCAGGAACAUAUAAUAACAAUUGUGCAGUGUGCGGUAACCAAAUUUCUCCCCAAAGACAAUAAUCGCAGAUAUCGCCAAUGAAAAUCUGCUUAGCAUGCUCUGUUCCAAAUACACUUAACUAUAAUAGAAGUGAUUUUUCUCUACACAAGGACGGUUUUUCAAUUGCAAAAUUCGUUUUUAAUGUCGUAUAGUUUUGUUCGCUCAUCAGGCUCCUUAUAGCUCAUGCCCGUAUGUUUAAUUGCUUCGAUAUUUAUUCCUGAUUACUAGCAAAGUAGUUGAAUCUUCUUUCCUAAAUGACACCCUCUAGGGUUAUUGUAUCUUCUGAGAAUAUCCUAUGAAUGAGACAACGUGGAGUAACGUGGACUUUGUGGCCAUUUGCAGCAAACUUCUUCCUAUAUCCAGUAACCUCAUUUAUACAAAGUUCGACAAAAUUGAUCCUUAUUUCUUAGUAAGAUUUUAUCUUUGUGCCUGACCUCCCAGGAAUGUUCUUUUAAACGUCCGUAGGAUUCUCCGCUGUAAAUGAUUGUUCUAUUGUGAGAUUGGAGAAGAGGUAUUUCGAAAAGAUUGCCGUCAUGUCUCAAAGACUUUAGUUAUAGACAUGAUGCCCCAAACCUGUCCAUAAAAGCAAUGCUUGUCCGAAAUGCCUUUUUUAAUGCAGAUUCUUAGUAUAUACUGCUUAUGUGUUCAAACGUACAAUAUAGUGAUCGCAUAUUUAGCUAUGACAUUUUGCUAUAUAAAAAGAAAACGUUUUUUGUGUUUGCUAAGCAGAUGUUUUGCCAUGCGUUACUUUGGCACUGGGUAGUUGCCUCCAAGUGAUAUAAUUUAUCACCCUCGUAAAAGCUGACGGGAUUCCAAAGAAAGGCCCAGAAAAAGUGGCAUUUCCACAAUUGCAAUGAAAAAAGAUUUUUAAAAUAAAAUAGUUUAGUUACCAGAAUGACACCCCUCCUGGUUUUGAUUAAUUCCUGAGAAAGAUUUUUAAAAUAUCAUCUUAUUGCCUGGAAGAAGGUUUAUGCAUUCUAUUUGCAUCUUAUACCCAGAAGGCCAAUUGAUGUAUGGAUAACAUCUUUCGCGUUUAAUAGAGAGAAUUAUUGGUAGGUAGAAUUAUGUAUGCAUGGUUAAUUAUUGUGAAAAUAUGCUUCUUAUAUCAAAUAGUGUUAAGUUGCUUUGCUGAUGACAGUCACGUAGUUUAUUUUCAUUACGAUCUUUAUUUACGAUCUUAACAACUAGAAAUUGAACAGAACUGGGAGAAAAAGUCUCUCAAGACUCCUGCCAUUUAUACAUUAUUUACCAAAAACAAGAAUAUGUUUAUUUGCCGUAAAUUAUUGAACGGAUUAUUUGGACAUUGAAAUAGAUUGGUAACUUUCUUCUACACUGUCUUUGGAACUUUUUGCAUCUCAAUCUACAUGCAAAACUACACGAAUUUACACGUCGUAGUUUUUACUCUUUGCCCAUCUUUGUUUUUUGCCAAAGGCAUUUUCGAGUUUUUCUCUUGGCCAGAACGUCAAUGGCUUUGUGACUGCGUGUGA